AUGCGCGUGUUCGCAGAGGCCCUGCCGCGCGCCAUCCCCAUAACGCUCGCCGUCACGACCGACGCCACCAGCAACACCACCCGCUACCCCUUCCUGGCCAACGUCAUGUCUCCCAAGAUGCUGACCCACGCCUGCACGGGCACGCUUGUGGACGACGACCUGGUGCUGGCCCCCGCGUCCUGUGUGUCUUCGCUGAGCAACAAGGCGGAGCCGCUGCCCAUCGUGCGGGUGGGCACCUACGCGCUGGACGGAAAAGGCGGCCAAGCCGAUUAUGAGGAGCGCCAGACCGUGGAGCAGAGGACCCACGAGCGGUUCACCGGCGACCCCACGGCCGGCUAUGACGUCUCCAUUCUGCGGCUGGACAAGCCCGUGAAGGGCCGCCGCCCCGUCAGGGGUUUCAGGAGCCUCAGGGACGUCGGCAAGGAGGACGAGGCAAUCAUGCUGGGAUGGUUCAAGGCCAGCUCCAUCGGCCCCCCGGCGCUGAGCCUGCAAAUGAUCACCAACAUCGCCCUUGUGGACGAUGACACAUGCAGGACAGUGUUCGACAAACUGCCCAGGGGGACCAUCUGUGCGAUGCCGGAGCUGCGGGCACACUGCGAAUGGGAUCUGGGGGCUCCAUUGCUCCUGUGCGACAAGAAGACCAACACCACCACGUUGGCGGGCUUCGCCUCCUUCGCCAGCCCAACCUGCGGGCAAAAGAACAUGCCGUAUGUGUAUGUCGACCUCGGGGGCGAGCUGCUGUCGUGGGUAGAGCAGAAGGGCUUGAAAAACUCCAAGGUUGAACCAGAGACGCCACAGGAGCACACUGAGCUGUGA